AUGUCGGAAAUCUCCACUCGCCCCAAAUUCCUCUUCGUUCUCACCUCCCAAGCCAUUCUUCCAAGUCGCAACACCCCGACAGGAUGGUAUCUCCCCGAGCUCGUCCAUCCAUACAAUAAGCUUGCCCCUCAUUUUGACAUUGUGGUCGCCUCCCCCGCUGGCGGUGAAGCGCCACUCGAUCCAUACUCGAUUGAAGCCACCAAAGACGACUCUGAGUGCGUGGCGUUCUUGGAGAAUAACUCUCACGUGUGGAAAAACACACUCCGCCUCGACAGCCUAGUCGGCCAAACCUCACAAUUUGCGGGCGUUUUUUACGUGGGUGGGCAUGGGCCGAUGUUCGAUCUCGCCAACAACGCAACAUCUCAUACUCUUAUCCGAGAAUUCUACGAGAGCAAAAAGGUAGUAUCCGCAGUAUGCCAUGGCCCCGCAGCUCUAGUGAACGUGAAACUCAGCAAUGGGGAGUACCUGGUGGCGGGUCAAAAGGUCACUGGUCUUUCCGACGCCGAGGAGGAGAUCAUGCAGUUCACUAAAGACAUGCCAUUUCUGUUAGAGACCGAGCUGCGCAAGAAUGGUGGAGUCUAUGAGAAAGCGGAGGGGCCGUUCGGGGCGAAGGUUGUUUCGGGUGGGCUUGAUGGGUUGUUGAUUACUGGGCAGAAUCCGGCGAGUGCGGAGGUGAUUGGCGAGGUGGUGAUUAGGGCUGUGGGGGUGUAG